GAAUGUCAAGACAAGUCUGGAGGUAUAAAUAGCUGUGGAUGAAAAGCUGUUAUUCUAUCUCCCAGUCCAGGCGAAGUGAGCAACCAUGAAGACCUUCAUCUUCCUUGCUCUCCUGGGAGCUGCUGUCGCUUUCCCCACUAGUGAUGAUGAUGAUGACAAGAUCGUCGGGGGCUACACCUGUCAGAGGAAUUCUGUCCCCUAUCAGGUGUCCCUGAAUGCUGGCUAUCACUUCUGUGGCGGCUCCCUCAUCAGUAACCAGUGGGUGGUGUCUGCAGCUCACUGCUACAAGUCCCGAAUCCAAGUACGUCUGGGAGAACACAACAUUGAGGUUACUGAAGGCAAUGAGCAAUUUAUAAACGCGGCCAAGAUUAUUCGCCACCCCAAUUACAAUUCAGCCACCAUGGAUAAUGACAUCAUGCUGAUUAAGCUCAACUCAGCUGCCACCAUCAACUCUCGAGUGUCCACCAUCUCUCUGCCAAGAUCCUGUGCAGCGACUGGUACUCAGUGCCUCAUCUCUGGCUGGGGCAACACCCUGAGCAGUGGCACCAACUACCCUGAUCUCCUGCAGUGUCUGAAGGCUCCCAUUCUCUCUGACACUGCUUGCCGCACAGCCUACCCAGGCGAGAUUACUACAAAUAUGAUAUGUCUGGGAUUCCUGGAGGGUGGAAAGGACUCUUGCCAGGGUGACUCUGGUGGCCCUGUGGUCUGCAACGGAGAACUGCAGGGUGUUGUCUCCUGGGGCUAUGGUUGUGCUCAGAAGAACAGACCUGGAGUCUACACCAAGGUUUGCAACUACGUGAAAUGGAUUCAGCAGACCAUUGCUGCCAACUAAACACCUUUAUCUCUUCAUAUUCCAUUUCCUAUUCAUCAACUUCCCCUUUUUUCUCUGCCUAAAAACAGUAUCUAAAUAAAAACAUACUGUCUUGUACCACA